AUGCUUCAUUCAUUUAGCGGGUGCGGAAGAACAAGUUUUGGCAGUCCAGAAAUUCAUGCUACAGACACCGGAGUUAAAAGAAAAGCUCUAGUGCUGAUUGCUGGAGAGAUUGAGGGAGUUAUACUCAACAAAAUAGAAAAUCCUGUGAUAUACGACCUCACGGAUAAUAUGGGAACGCUCAGGUUCAAGUUGCCACGAUUAAAUGACCUAUUUUUCUUUGGUAUGGACUUUGGUGUACCUGGUCAUUCUACGCUGAACGGCUGAAUACAAUUCUGUAAAAUCAGGACCGACUGAAUAGUUUACCAGCAAAAUAUCAAUCCAGUUGCUUUUCCGGACCGUGCCAUGGAAAGCACCCACGUUUAGUGAUCUCAUUACAAUAAUAUUAUAUUUUGUAUAAAAUUUAUGUAUAUAAUCUACAUAGAUAUAUUGUUUCGGUUAAAUAUAUUACUGUUGUUGUGUGUAAUCAA